UAGUACACCGCGAGCGGACGGUCCGCGCGUUAACAGUGUUGUACACGACGUCUCCUAUCAUAUUAUUAUAUUAUAUUAUAUCAUUAUUAUUAUUAUUAUUAAAAUAUUUAUAACACAUUCGUAUUGUUAUUAUCUCCGUCGUCGCUCUUCGCAAUAAUAAUAAUAAUAACAAUUACGAUAUUUUAUAAUAUUAUUUUAUCUUCAAUCGUACGUCGCCCCCGUUGGUCGUGCGGCGGCGGGUCAAGCCGCAGUGGACGGCCCGACAGGUCAAAACUGAACCGUACGCGUUCACCACGAUAAUUCACGACACACCGAGUCUGCGGCGAGCAACACGGAUUUCGCGUUCCGAGCCGUGUCGAGACGCGUUCGCGAUUCGUAUUUUUUCUCAUUACAACAAUAAUAAUAUUAUCGCAGUGCCGACGCGACGUGUGUGUCGUCAGCUGCCGUCGGUUUUUUUUUUUUUUUUACUCGGUAGUUGCGCGCGCGCGUCGAGUCCUAGUCCGCUCGGUCGUCCCUUCCUGUCCGCCGUGCGCGCAACCGCUCUCCACCGGUGGUGGUCCCGUGCUCGACAUGACCGAAUCCGCGUAGACGCGUAGUCAGUUGUUCGACGACGACCGUACGCCCGCGUCCUUGUGCCUCCUUGGAGAUAGUCUACACACACACACCUCCCACGCCAUCGCCACGACGAGUUUUCCGAUUUUCGUUUGAGUUUUUCCACUGAUGUUGGCUGCACGACGUCGUGCAACAUGGUUAAAAGAUCUGAUGCAACUGAAACAAAAAAAAGUGGCAUAAAAAAUGAAAAUGCUGUAAAAUAUGGCGAACUAAUUAUAUUAGGAUAUAAUGGUCAAUUGACCGCAGGAGACAAACGUAGGCGACGUAGCAAAUUUGUGUUAUGGAAACGUGAUAUUGCUAAUGGAAUAAAGAGAUCAAACCAUUAUGUUGUUCCAUGCCCCCAAAAUUCACAUGCUGUUUUGGAUAAAAAUCAGCAUUCAAUUUCCUACACCUUAUCAAGAACAGAAGCAGUCAUUGUGGAGUAUGUAAAUGAUGAAACAACUGAUAUGUUUCAGAUUGGAAGAUCUUCAGAUUCGCCAAUUGAUUUUGUGGUCAUGGACACCAAUGCUGAAAAGAAUGCAGCUGCUAUCAAUAAUUUACCUAUUGUUGAUAGUAAAAAAACAGCUGCAGCAAGUACAAUAUCAAGAUUUGCUUGCCGUAUUAUUUGUGACAGAAAUAAUACAAGUAUAGCUCGAUUAUAUGCUGCUGGAUUUGAUUCUUCUAGAAAUAUAUUUUUAGGGGAAAAAGCAACUAAAUGGAAAGAUGGUGAAGAAAUUGAUGCUCUUACUACAAAUGGAGUAUUGGUUAUGCAUCCAAGUGGAAAGUUCCAUAAAGGAAACACAGAACCUGGGAUUUGGUUAGAGGUAUCUGUAUGUGGGAAACUAUUUUCUUUACGUGGUUCUCGAUCUGCUCAACUUAAAGGUGAUAUGGUUGAAGAUUCAAAUAACAUCCUUACUGAUGGAACGCUAAUUGAUUUAUGUGGUGCAACUCUGCUAUGGAGAUCAGCAGAGGGUCUCAACUUAUCUCCUAGUAGAGAAUAUUUAAAAAAGCUGAUUGAAAGAACAAAUCGUGAACGGCCUACGUGUCCUGUUGGUCUAUACACAUUAGUAUUUCCUCAUCAUUCAGAAGAUCAUGCUGCUGCGGUUGCAUCUUCAGAACUUGCUGAUAUAAAGCAACAGCCAUAUGCAUACUUACAAUGUGGUCAUGUCCAGGGUCGUCAUGCAUGGGGAUUAAAUAAAGACUCCAAUAGUAGAACAUGCCCAAUGUGUUUAAAAGUUGGCGGAAUUGCCAAGCUUAGUAUGGGCAUAGAGGCUUCAUUUUAUGUGCAGGAUAAGGAAAAACCAGAUUUAUAUGCUUUUAAUCCAUGUGGUCAUGUGGCUACAGAAAAAACUGUAAAAUUUUGGUCAAAUGUUGGGAUACCCUAUGGGACAAACGGUUUCGAGGCAUUUUGUCCAUUUUGUGCAAAGCUUCUUGAAGGGUAUCCAGGUUAUGUGAAGUUAAUUUUUAAUUAGUUUAAGUAAAUUUUUUUUCACAUUAUUGUAAAAAUGAAUAGAUUCCUUUUUAUAGAUAAUAUUUAUUUUUCCUGAACCUUAUAAAGGUAGUGUGAUAAUGUUAGCUUUUUUUUGUCAAUUUGUGAGUUAUACUUUUGUCCUUGAUUUUAGACAAUUUUUUUAUUUGUAUAUUUUUAAUAACUGGAUUAUUACAUUUUAUAGGCUUACAACUAUUUUUGCCUUUUGCUUUUAGUUAAAUAUUUUUUUAUUUUUUAUAUUAUUUGAUCGUUUCUGCCUUAACACUGGUAAUCUCUAAUCAAUACAAUAUUAUUUUUAUAAUGUUGUUUAAAAAUAGUGACAAUCUCUAAAAAAAAACUGUUUUUAAUAAACAAUCUCAGUAUUAGUUUUAAAAUUAUCAUUGAAUAUCUUUUGUAAUGUUUACUUUUUUUGAAGAUCUUAAUAAUACUACUUUUUGAAGAUCUUAUUAGUUAUAGUUAAAUUUAAGUAGCAAUUAUUGUAUUAGGGUUGCCAAGAAUAAAUAUUAAAUUAUAAUCGUGUUUUUUUCAUUUGAAGUUCUUUUUAAUGAUAUAUUUUAACUACCUCAGUACAACAGGAAUAAAUUGAUGAUUUCCGAGUAAAGGGGUGUGUCUGAAAAAACUCAAGUAUUUUCAAAUAUUAAAAAUAUAAUACUUUAUUUUCUUCAUAUUUUUAUUGAGAUUAAAAAUUAUUGUUAUAUAUGAGUUAAUUGAUGAAUUUUUUGCUAUUAUUUUGUUGUAUUUUUUGUUAUUCAAUUAUGUUCAAUUACUUAAUAAUCGUAUUUAAUAUGUUUCAAAUUGUUAGUAAAAGUUAAAUGGAAUAAAUGGCAAUCCUAAUAUUUAUACUUAAUUGUUUAGUUUUAAAUAUAUUUUAUGUGAAGUAUUGUAAGUUUUUUUACAUUAAAUAUAUUUUAAUUAUAUAGAUAAGGUUUUAAUUAAUUUAAGUGAUAUUAAAUAGUUUUCAUAAAUAUAUUGAUUCAAUUAUUGAGAUAUAUUUGUAAGAAGUGGUGCAACUAAAAUAUUAUAUAUUCAUUUUUAAAUAUGUAUUUUCUUUCCGUAUUGAUAAAACAAUGCUUCAAAGUACAAUUUUAUUAUAGUAUUCAUAUAAAAUGUAUAUAUAAUAUAUUUAAUUGCACAGUUAAUUUUUUUUAAUUAUUUGGUGUGUAAGCUGGUGUGAUAUUUCAAGACUGCAAAUUGCUGAAAAUAAUUUAAAUUAAUUGUGGUAAUAUUAUUAAUAUCUAUAGGCUUCUAUAAUAGUUUGAGAAUAUUAAUCUUAUAGAUGUUAACAGUGAUUACUUUUAGUAAAUUUUCUUUUCGAUUGAUUCGUAUUUUAUUUUCAAUAUUUUAAUAUUCUUGUUAUUUUUAGCAUUUGCAGUCACAUUCUUUAAAAUUGUAUAAUGUAUAUAUAUCUAUAUAUAUAAUAUAUAUUUUAAUAUAAUUUAGUUUAAAUGUAAUGAAAUAAUUGGCAUUAUAUUGAUAAAUUAUUUUCAAAAACACAUGUUAAUUAUAUUAUAAUAAUUAGUUUUAUCAUUAAUAUUAUCAUUAUUAUAGAGAUUAUUAUUAUUAUUUAUUAUAUUUACACAAAUAUUAUAUUUACAAAUAUUUUUUGCGAUAAAACAAUUCUAAAUUUUUUCAGAUGAUAAAAAUAUUUUGAUCAUAAAAAACAGAUUAAUAUUUAUAUUUACAGUGCUUGGAAAUUUGUUCCUAUUCUUAUAAUCUAUAAGUUUAAGAAGAACAUUUUUCUGUUCAUAUAUAAAACUCAUUGAAUGAGUUAAUCUAAUUGCUCCAAAAUUAAUAUUUCCUCAAAUAAAAAUAAUCAAUGACUAUUGUAUCAAAAAAUCAAAAAGAUCUUAACAGAUUAUUAAUAUUAAAAAUUAAAUUAUUAUUUUUUUAAUAAAUUUAUUAAAAUGAUUAAUUUUAUAGUUGAUGUUACAGAUUUUUUACCUGUGUAUUCUUGGUUACUAUUUUAAAACUGAUAAUUUGUAUAGAUAAAAUAAAUAUAUUGUGUCAAAGAUAGGUUAAUUUAUUAUUGGAAUUUUGAAUUUUGAAGUGAUUAUUUUUUAAUCAUAAGAUCUGCCCAUAGUUAGGAGUAAUUAUUUUAUUUUUUUAUGUUAAUAUCAAAUCAUUGAAUACACCAUGCAUAAUAUUUUAUUUUAAACUUAAUUCAGUUCCAAUUUAUUCUUAAACUUUAUUAAUAAUAAAUACAUAAACGUGAUACAACAUAUUAUACAAUCGUAUUUUAUUUAUAUCAUAUUAUAAUUAUUGAUGUAAUAUAACUAAAAAAAAUAAUUUUUAAUUGAGAAUGAUUGAUAAGUGACAAAAUAUUACUUUACUGCAAGAAAACUUAUAAUUCAUAAAAUUUCCGUAAAAAUAGAAUUUUGUUCUUGGAAGUUUUCCCUGAACUUGUAAUUUUCAAGCACUGAAUAUCUCAUUUUUUAAAUGUAGUAUGCAAAAUAAUAAACUAUAAAUAAAUAGUUUACACAAUUUGAGUGUAAAAUAACUAGAAUAGUAAUAAAAUCUCUUGUAUACUUUAUGUACUAUGAUGUUUUUGUUUUAUACAGUAAUGAUGUAUAAAUAAUAAUUUCAUGUAUUAUUUUAAUUUAAACCAUCAAAUUUAUUUAUUUAUUUUAAUUGAAAUUUAGUAAAAAUAUUUAAUAUUUUGAUGACGUGAAAUAGAAUCAUUAUCUAUUCUGAUAAUUGAACCUAAAAAUUAAUUGUCGUGUAAUUAAUAAAUGAUAAUUAUUGUACUUAGCUAUAUGCUAAUCUAGUUAAAUGUAAAUGUAUUUGAAACUAUUUUAUGAUGGUAUAUAGUUAUUUUUAUGAUAAUGUUUUAAAAAAAUAAUGAUGUUAUCAUUGCAAUUAUUACUGAAUACUGGUACCUGUCUCAUUCAACCUGUGUUGUGUUUUAAAUUAAUAAAAUAUUUAUUUUCAGCUACUGAA